GUAGCAAUGCCCCACAGAGGCCGCCUCAAUCUCCUCACAGACCUCCUCAAAUUCUCCCCCACAGCCAUGUUCCACAAAAUUAAAGGCGGCUCUGAGAUCCCUGAAUACCUAGACGCGGAGGGCGACGUGCUUAGCCACCUUGUUGCAUCACCAACGCUCGACUAUGGUGCCCAACAUCCAUUGAAAGUGUCACUACUACCUAACCCUUCUCAUCUUGAGGCAGCCAACCCCGUUGCACUAGGCAAAACCCGCGCCAAGCAAUUCGCACUACUUAAGACGUCCCUGGCGGAGUGUAAGUUGGGAGAUAAGGUGAUGUGCGUGCAGCUGCAUGGUGAUGCGAGUUUUACGGGGCAGGGUGUGGUUAUGGAGAGUCUUGGGUUGAGUAAUUUACCGCAUUUCACGAGUGGAGGGAGCGUUCAUCUCGUUGUUGACAACAAUAUUGGAUACACGACACCCGCAUCAGGUGCCCGUUCCUCGAUGUACUGCUCGGAUAUAGGGAAGAUGAUCAAUGCGCCCGUGCUUCAUGUUAAUGGGGAUCAUCCGGAAGAUGUGGUUCGUGCUAUGGAUAUCGCGUUUCGGUACAGGAACUAUUUCCGCAAGGACAUCAUUGUGGAUCUUUUGGUUUAUCGAAGAUGACACAACGAACUCGACUUGCCCGGAAUCACCAGCCCACUGAUGUACGAAAAGAUAGCAGCCCGGCAGUCCGUUCCCCAAAUAUACGAAGCGAAGCUCAUUGUGCAGAAAGUGAUGUCCGAAUACGACAUCGGCGCCGUCCGAACCACAUACAAAGCCCACCUCGAAUCGGAGCUUGCAAAAGUAUCAUCUUAUGAGCCUACAGCGUCGAUGUUGGAGGGCCAGUGGGGUGGGAUGGUUUGGCCUGCUACUUCCGAGGCGGUGUGGGAUCCCGAGACGGGGGUUGAGGGUGAUGUGUUGAUUAGGGUUGGGAGGGGGAGUGUUGCUAUUCCGGAUGGGUUUGAGAUCCAUCCGAAGCUGCAAAGGCAUGUUAAGAAUCGGUUGUUGAGUGUUGAGACGGGUAAAGGGAUCGAUUGGGCUACUGCUGAGGCAAUGGCAUUCGGCUCCCUUAUGCUCGAACGGUACGAUGUCCGUAUAUCGGGACAAGACGUUGGCAGGGGAACGUUCAGCCACCGACACGCCAUGUUGGUCAACCAAAAGACGGAGGGGGUGAUUGUGCCGUUGAAUGAUGAUGAGGUGGUUGGUGCGCAGGGAAGAUUGGAGUUGGCGAACAGUUCGUUGAGCGAGAUGGCUGUUCUUGGGUUUGAGUAUGGUGCGAGCUGGGAACGACCGAACCUUUUGCCGAUUUGGGAGGCGCAGUUUGGCGAUUUCUUCAAUGGUGCGCAGGUUAUCAUUGACACGUACAUCUCUUCUUCGGAAACCAAGUGGCUCAAACAAAGUGGGAUCGUUAUGAUGCUCCCGCAUGGGCUUGAUGGUGCUGGACCCGAGCAUUCUUCGUCGAGGAUCGAACGGAUGCUUCAGUUGACGAAUGACCGAUACGAUGGCUCCGAGCCGGCCAACAUCAACAUGCACGUCGUCUUCCCAACGACACCAGCACAGUACUUCCACCUCUUGCGCAGGCAAAUGAAGCGCAACUUCCGGAAACCUCUCAUCCUUGCGGGGCCGAAAGGGCUUUUACGUUUGUCGGCCGCUUCGUCUUCUCUGGCGGAUAUGGAGCCCGGGACUCGGUUCCAGCCUGUCCUCGAUGACCCAGUGGCAGCUCAGGACAAGGAAAAAGUCAAGCGUGUGGUCAUGCUUUCCGGCAAGGUAUACUACGAGCUCAUCAAAGCCCGCCAUGAUCGGUCGCUCGACCAAGGCGUGGCGUUCAUCCGGAUUGAGGAGCUCGCUCCGUUCCCGUUUGAUAUGCUUGAGUCUGUGCUGAAGGGGUACGAGAAUGCGAAGGAGUGGGUGUGGGUUCAGGAGGAGCCUAGGAAUCAGGGGGCGUGGGGGCAUGUGGUGUUUAGGAUUGAGAGUGUAGGGGAGGCGAGGUUGAGGUAUGUGGGGAGGAGGGAGAGUGCGGUUCCUGCGCCGGGCGUUGGGGCGAUUUAUCAGAGGCAGCAGGGAGAGGUGAUUAGGGGUGCGCUUGAGGGGAUGUACUAG